GUGGUGUGGAUGAAGGGUGGCGGAGGAUCACUACAUCGAUUUAGCUGGAGCAUCCCAGAAGAGCAGCGGAAAGUUGACUACCGAAAGGAAACUACUCCCAAAACAAGGGCCUCGCUCUCCAGCUGCCAGCAUGAUGAAGGACUGCCUGCAGUUCCUUAUCAAGCCAGCCAAAAAGCUCAAAAUCCGGCUCAAGGCACGGGAGUCUCAUAAGCGAGUGAGACUUGAGAAGAAGGAGCUGCUGGUGGAAAAUCAGUUAUUUAUUAUGGAAUUAGCUCGAGAACUCAACAAAAUUUGUCAGAGGUCAAACAUCCUCAGUCACAUCUGGACCAGCGAGGACAUCUGGCCAGCCAGUGUGUGUUGUGAUUUUAUCAUGGAAUGGGCGGCAGUGUUAGACAAGAGAAUGCAGUCAAGGAUCAUCCUGUCCGACUGCCAGUAUGAGAAGCCAGGGAAAAAAGACUGGAAGGGUCACCUCGUCUGCAUGCCGGAGGCCAGAGGGGAGUAUGACAUGGGACCCCACAAAAGGGUCAUCAUGGAUUGGACAUGGGCGAUUAAAAGUAGACCUCAGCCCCCUGUCUGGCCAGGUGAGCCAGUGCUCAUGAUGCUGGAUGACCUGGAGUUCCAGUGGAAGAGGGGCUGUCUGCCCAACCUGCUCCCAGCCAUGGAGCUUGUCAUGCUGGCCAUGCUUAAUGCCGACAGCCCUGUAAAGGAGGAUGUGACUAAGCAGUGGCUGGUGAGAAAGCAGAGGAGCCAGAGGAGUGACGCUGUCCGCUACAUCCCCCACUGUGUAUGGAACUGGAUUUGCGAUGCAGCAGAGGACGUCACUCUGGACUCCUACUCAGCCAACCCAGACCUGCUCAUCUCCAGUGAUGAAAAGCGCAUGCGGUGUGGCCUGGAGCGCCGUGACCUCCCGCAAUGCCAGCGACGCUUUGAUGGCUGGUGGUGUGCUGUAGGCAAGAAGGGCUUCACCUCUGGACGCCACUAUUGGGAGGUGGAGGUGGGCAAGCAGGACUGGCGGCUGGGCGUGACUAAAGCAUCUGCAGUGAGGCAGGGCUUCCGCUCGCUCAACACAGAUACAGGCCACCUGACCCUGCGUCUGGAGAGGGGCACAGAUCUGAAAGCUCUGACCGUGCCUUCCACCCCGCUGCCCCAGAGCUUGGUGCCCAAGAAAGUUGGGGUGUACCUGGACUAUGAGCAGGGCCAGCUGUCCUUCUAUGAUGCAGAGAAGCGCUCUCACCUGUACACCUACAACCAGAAGUUCAGUGAGGAACUGUACCCCGUGUUUGGGACAACAGAAGUUGUCAAAGAGCUCGUGAUCAGGCCUGUGGCUGUCAGACAGCCAUGCCUCUGCCCUGGGCCCUGCCGCUGGAACUGACCUGCUAAAUGCACUUUACUGUUCAAUCCUGAUCCUCAGCAGCUCACAGACUCAUUCUGGCCCAUUAUUUAGUGAAUUUGAAUCCUGUGUGCUGGCUCUGGACUAAAAGUCUGACUCUUUCUGCAGGUUGCCUUGUGAGAUCAGGGAUGUGAGCUGUCAUCAUUGUGAACUAUACUUUCUGUUACUCUGCCUUCAUAGAAACAUGCAACUAUUUGUGUUAAGAUGAAUAUUUUAAUGGUGUCAGGACAAAAACCUCAGAACCGCCUUGUUUUUAGCUGAGUGAAAAUGAUUUUUUCACUCUCCAGUAAAGUUUGACAGAGGAUUAGAAGUCAAAUAAUUUAGAGUGUAAAGAUGAAAAACACCAGUCAUGUCAUUGUCAUGUCACUACAGUCAUAUGGACAAGAAAAAACAUUUCUUAGAGAUGAAGAAGUACUUGCAGACUAACUUCCAAACUGUAAAGGCACCGCACCGUGGAAAGGAUGUGUGACCAGCUACUUAGAGCCUCAGUGCAGCUAAUGAGAGCUUUUUAACACUGGAAGGCAGAUAAUUACAGACUGGGUUGACACGUGAAGAGUUAAUUGCGUUUUCUUUUUUUUGUCUCAAGCUUCCUGCAAACAUUUGUCCAGCAUGGGCAGCUGUGGUUUUGUUUCUGCGUGUAAUAUAAAGACGACCCUUUUCUCUCAAAUAUAAAAAAUGAUCAGUAAA